CAGGGCGUGUGCUGCGACAUUUCCGGCGGGACAGCGACUCGGUGACCCGCGGCUGGCGCGCCCUGGUCGACUUGCGGAGGCCUUCGGGAAAGCGGUUCGGGUGCAGGCCUGGUGUAGUCUUCUGUCUGCCCAGAGUGAGAGAGAACAAUGCAGAAGGACUCCGGCCCGCUAGUGCCUUUGCACUGGAUUGGCUUUGGCUAUGCAGCCCUGAUUGCUUCUGGUGGGAUCAUUGGCUAUGCAAAAGCAGGUAGUGUCCCGUCCCUGGCCGCUGGGCUCCUCUUCGGUGGGUUAGCAGGCCUGGGUGCUUAUCAGCUGUCUCAGGAUCCGAGGAACAUUUGGGUUUUCCUGGCUACGUCUGGAACCUUGGCUGGCAUUAUGGGAAUGAGAUUCUACCACUCUGGAAAAUUUAUGCCUGCAGGCUUAAUUGCGGGUGCCAGUUUGCUGAUGGUCGCCAAACUUGGAAUUAGUGUGUUCAGUAGACCCCAUCAAUCAUAGUCAUGUCCCAGCUUGGACUUGAAGAAUUUUAAAACGUCCAGUAUUCCUAGUGUAUUAAGAGAAAUAAGUGCAACAUUUUCAUUUAUUAUGACAUCUUACUUAAAAAAAAAGAAGGCCCUGAACUUUGCAGGGAAAAAUAAUUAAUCAUUAUCAUUACAGUCUUAAAGAGGUGGGUAGUAUAUAACACAAGAGCUUAUUAUUCUAAUACCCUCAUACAUUUUGAUUCUUGUUUGUUGAUAUUAUCUCUUCUUUCUGUGUCUGUAUGUAAAAUCUCAAGGGGUAAAACAUUAGGUAUCAAUGUUGGGGGUCCUGAAACCCCAUACCCUACUCAGAGGAACAGUGUGAAAAAAAUCUGAUGAGAUUUAGCAUAUCUGUUCUUUUGCUCAUCUUAGAGUACAGCCCUACUCUGAGAUAAUGUUAAAUGAAAUAUCAGUGAGAAUAAAGUUUACUAUAAAUAAUA